AUGAAUAUUUUAUUAUAUAAACUUGACCCAAUAAUUACAAGGUAUGGACUUAAUGAUGUUGAUUAGAUAGAGAUUCUAAAAGGCCAUAUAAGAAAAUAGGAGUAUGUCCUGCUCAUAUUGUAUUUAUAUGUGGAAUAAUUAUUUGUCAAGUAUUGUAUUAGGAAUUACAGCACGUUUUCUAUCAACAUUUGUAUCUAUGAUGUUUCCAGCUUAUAAAAGUAUUAAGUCAUAAGGUAUAUAUUAUUAAUCAAUAUGAUAGAUAAAAGCGAUGAUAGAUAAUGGCUGUAGUAUUGGAUUUUAAAUCCAUAGUUGAUUCAACAAUAGAGUUUGUUUUGA